UGGAGGUGGAUAUAGAGAUGGAGAUGGAGGUGGAUUUGGAGAAUUAUGGAAAAUACCCCUGGUUUCUGGUUGUCUGGCCCCUUCGAUAUAAUAAAUGUGAGUGCUGCUUGGGGAUGGGCAGUGUUCUUCCGCUUGAUUCACUGGUCCCUCAGCCCAAAGCCACGGCCCACCCCCUUCCUCCUCCCUUACUAACAGAUUUCUUCUUUCUUUCUUCCUGUACAAGCCACACUGUGCGAAGGCGAGACCAACCCAUCCGCUGUCGCUGGCAAGCCAUUCCGGGGUUCUCAGGAACGUGUUGAGAGAGAAUAAAAGCCGGAGACCAAAGAGUCCAAGACUCCUGCGUGAGAAAUAGUCUGAGAGCGACAGACAGAAGAGAAGGAACCCGGGGGCAGGCAGCAUGGGAAAGCACAGCAUUUGGUGCCUUGUCCUCUGCCAGUGCUUGUGGCUUUGGGGGGGAAUCGCUUUGCCCACCACCCUCCCCACCCUGCUGAAUAGUGAUAGCAAUGGCACCGUCCCUACUGCCACAAUAGAAGAAACCACAGACAACCAGGUCCAGCCUUUAGUAAUGGAAGAUACAAACACUGAAACUAUAACGGACACUCCAAAGCCAACAGAGAUCGGUCAUGCCAAUGAAUUGAAGCAACACGUCCCAACACAAGCCCAUAUGGAACCAGAGCCUACGUCUGCCCUGUCGUCUGCCCAAUUAAAUAAACUCAAUGAACCAGUCCAGGAGAAGAAUGAUAGCCAGACCACUCCUUCCCCUGAGGGCAAAGAUCUUGGUUUACUUUCUUCUGAGAGUGAAACUACUCAAAUGGACACAGUGACCACUGCGACUGAACUGGAAUCCACCACCGCUGUGAGCACGAGUGGUCCCAUCUCUACUGGCCAUGAUGGCAAAAUAGCGGUUAUUGAUAAGGAUAACGAGCCCACUGUGUCCAACAAUCCAACCACCAAACAUGACCCAAGCCAGACCCAUGGUACAUCUGACGGCCUUUUCACUCCUUCCCCUGAAUCCGGUAAAAUAACUAAAGCCAGUGACGAAGGCUCAGACUCACACUCAGGGACCAAUCAUGGUAGGCACAACACGGCAUCCCCUAGCAAAGAUAAAGAUUAUCUACGACAGUGGCUACUGAUCACGCUGAUUGUCAUUUUCACACUGAUGUUAAUUACAGUCAUUGUGGUCCUGGUGAGGAAGAAGAGGAGAAGCAGAUCUCAGAACUUCAGCAAGCGAGGGAAAAAGGGAGAUGGCAGAGACGUGUGGGCAGGGCAGGUUCCUCAGCUGGGUGAUGGGAGGGCAGCAGUGGGUGCUGAUGGGCUGGAGAAUGGCAUGGCUGCACCACUGUUGGAAGAUGAGCAGGAGAUGAGCACUUUUGUCAGUGGGGAGAAGAAGGGGGAGUCUGAAAUUGCCAGUGGGGAGGAAGAAGCUGGGGCAACUAAGAUGGCAAGUGGUGAGGGGAUGGAAAAGAAAGCAGAGAGCCCGGUGGCUCAGGAGGAGCAGGAGGUUCCUAAGGAUGUGAAGCCGGAGAUGCAACCAAAUGGGGAGGCCAAAGAGGAGCAGUUCCCCCUUCCCCCCGUGGAACAGGACUUGCUGGGCAAUGAGGACAAAGCAAUUUAGGACUUACUGUGUGGCCCGGCGAUCUGAAAAAGUAUAAUAAUUGACCAACAAAUUUGAUCUUAUCUCUGGGAAAACCUUGUGCUUCUGCGGACGUGCAAUGGGAACAAGCUUGACUCCAUAUUGCCAAUGCCUGAGGGUGUUUGACUCAAGCCCCCAUGUUAUAUCUCAAUAAUCGCAAUUACCAAAGUGCGGGCAUCUUUUAUCAUUAGACUUUGUAAUAAUAUAUAAUAAUUGCAGAUAUAAAGUUUGUCUAGAGAGUGGAGAUACUGUAGAUACUUGCUAUCAUUAUAGAAUGACCACUGGCUGUGCCUUUUUAUUUAGUGUACUGUCCCUAGUGGAGAGUUUUGGUAAUGGUACCAACCAUAUAUUAUUAAAAUAUAUACCUGUAUAUACUGUAAGGUCCAGUUGUGCCCCCAACAGUCCCAGUGCGAGAAGCUACAGCUGGGGGGCUGCAGAUGAAUUUCAAUGCUUUUAUUAUUAUUUCACUUGCUACAGUAAUUGACUUUGUUAUUUUCUUCACUGUGUGUCAUACUACAGAAACAAUGUGGCAGAAAUCAGCUCCUCUCUAGUCAAGGUUCCAGUUCCCACAAUGCUUUGUGUGCUUCUGUCUCCUUAUGUUCAGUACAUGCAAGGCAUUGUGGGAACUGGAGAGCUGGUUACUAACACAUUGUUUCAGCAGUCAGAACAAGCAGUGUAAGGAAUAGUAAGAGAUCAUGCUAUAAAUACUGCAUGUUGGAAUGUUACUUAGAAUUAUGCAAAAAAUGAAUUUGUCAAGAAUGUAAUGUAAUGUAAUGACUGCUUGAUCUGAUAGAUAAGUAAAGCUGCGAAACAUAA